AUGAUUCCGUUAGGUGUUUUAGCAAAACCGCAGAAAAUAUUCACAAAAAAGGUGGAACCACAAAGCUCCACAGAGCCUAAAGAGGAACAAGAGGAUGCAGUGGGCACCUCAGGAUUCAACAUACCUCAUAGUGUCUCUGCUCUAAAAAAGAAUAAUGACGAAAUCAUCGUCGAAAGACCAAAAUUAAAGAGCGUCGUUUCCUACCAAGUAUCAGAAACCGAAAGAGAUGACAGCUCAGGUGACAUUUUACUAUUCGACCAUGAUAAGGACCUUCCAGAUGGCGGGUUAAAAGCAUGGCUUGUGGUUUUUGGUUCAUUCAUAGGGCUUAUACCAGUAUUUGGCAUCAUCAACUCAUUAGGUGCCAUAGAGUCUUACAUUGCUGCAAACCAAUUAUCAAACGUUCAGUCCUCUACCAUUGCCUGGAUUUUUUCUCUGUAUCUUGCAAUCACUUUCGUUAGUUGCAUUUUUGCAGGCGGUUACUUCGAUAGAAAUGGGAGUCUCCUACCUAUGGUAUCAGGUACUGUACUCUUUAUUGGUGGCAUUGUAGCAUUGGCCGAUUCAACAGAAGUCUGGCAUUUUAUCCUGUCAUUUUCAGUCUUAUGUGCUAUAGGGUCAGGUGUGUUAAUGACACCUCUUGUUGGUGCUGUUGCCACAUGGUUUUUAAGGAAAAGAGCCAUAGCAACAAGCAUUGCCACAAUGGGUGGUUCUGUAGGUGGUAUUAUGUUUGCCCCUGUUUUAAGAAAACUUUAUGCAGAAGUAGGUUUUAGAUGGGCCAUCAGAAUAUUCGCAUUAAUUUGUUUCUUUUGCUUAAUUUGUUCAAUUUGUCUCGUCAAAGAAAGAUCAAUUGCAACAUAUGAAAAAUUUGAAUCAAAGAAGGAGCUCAUAAAGUGGUAUGUAUCGUCAUCAUUCAAUUGGAGAUAUUUCCUUGAUUGGAAAUUCCUAUUUGCUGCUUUGGGGGCCUCAUUAGCUGAAAGUUCUCUAACUUCAUCGGCUACAUAUAUUUCAUCCUAUUCCAUUGCAAGAGGGAAUUCAAUCUCUGUGUCUUACAAUUUAAUCACCGCGACAAAUGCAGCUGGUAUCCUAGGAAGAUACAUUCCAGGAUAUCUAGCAGAUAAAUAUGUAGGAAGAUUCAAUAUCGCAAUCAUAACAAUUGGAUUAGCUGCAAUUGCUAACCUUGUAAUUUGGUUACCAUUUGGUGGUCAGAUCGGUGCUCUGUGGACAUACGUCAUAUUAUAUGGAUUUGCAUCAGGAUCAGUUCUUUCUCUAACUCCAGUUUGCAUUGGACAAAUUUCCAGUACAGAAGAAUUCGGUAAACGUUACUCAACUGCAUAUUUACUACAAGCCAUUGUUACAAUCCCAGUAUUACCAAUAGGCGGUGCUAUUAUUGGGAACGAAUCUAUUUCAAAUUAUAAUAAAUUUAUUGUCUUCAAUUCGGUACUAAUGGGAGCUGGUGCCGUCUUCUAUUAUAUUUCGAGAUAUAUUUGCAUUGGUGCAAAAUUGAGGAAAUUUUAA